AUGCUACUCCUCCGCCGCGCCCACUCGCAGCGGCCGUGCCACCGGCACCUCUCCAGCCUCCUGGACCGCUACGGCUUCGUGCCGCCGGCCUCCCUCACCCCCACCCAGCAGCAAGAUACGCCCCACGGCGGCGCCCCCGCCGACGCCGACAAGAAGCGCCGGACCAAGAAGCCCCCCUACCGGCCGCCGUCCUCGCUGGACCGCGGGGGCCGCCCGGCCUCCCACUCCGACCUCCCCUUCGACUUCCGCUUCAGCUACACCGAGAGCAGACCGGACGCCAAGCCCAUCGGGCUCCGCGAGCCCAAGUACUCCCCCUUUGGUCCCGGCCGCCUCGACCGCCCCUGGACCGGCCUCUGCGCGCCCGCCGUCGACACCACGCUCCGGAGCGUCGACGCCGAGGACCCCGCCCCCGCCGCCGAGAGGGACCUGCAGGAGGCCCGCCGGAGCGAGCGAGAGCGCGUGCUCGGCGAGCCGCUCACCCCCGCCGAGCGCACCUUCUUCGUCGACAAGUGCCAGAAGAACCGGACUAAGCGGCAGAUCAAUCUCGGGAGAGAUGGGCUCACUCAUAACAUGCUAAAUGACAUUCAUAACCACUGGAAGCACGGUGAGGCUGUCAGGGUGAAAUGCCUCGGCGUGCCGACGGUUGAUAUGCAAAAUGUGUGCCACGAGCUCGAGGAUAAAACUGGUGGCCUCAUCAUCCACAGGCAGGGUGGUCUAUUGAUACUGUACAGGGGGAGGCAUUAUCAUCCAAAGAAAAGACCUGUUAUUCCGUUGAUGUUGUGGAAGCCAGCUGAACCUAUCUACCCAAGGCUAAUUAAAACAACAAUAGAAGGGCUGACGGUUGAGGAGACAAAGGCAAUGAGGAAGAAGGGCCUACAUGUUCCCGUUUUGACAAAGCUCGCAAAAAACGGGUAUUAUGCUAGUCUCGUGCUGAUGGUUCGAGAUGCUUUUUUGGCUGAUGAAUUGGUUCGUAUUGAUUGUAAAGGAUUGCCAAAAAGUGAUUACCGGAAGAUCGGAGUCAAGCUCCGGGACCUUGUUCCUUGCAUUCUUGUGUGUUUUGACAAGGAGCAAAUUAUUGUUUGGAGGGGGAAAGAUUACGAUGAAAGCAUACAGGAUAAUAUGCAAAAGGCAUUGCCUUCGGUUCUUGAAUCAGAGAGUGCAGGAGCAGUGAAGAAUGAGAAUGGUGAACAGGAAGAAACAUCAAGUGAGAGUGCAUCAGCGAAAAGUGGGAAGGAUGAACACGAAGAAAAAUCAAGUGAUUGGUCUUCAAAUGUAUGGUCGGAGGGCAGUAGCUCUGAUGAAGUGCCAGAUGAUAAGUAGCCAUUUCGUGGGUAGAAUCUCUUUUGAUCAAUCUGACAUGUCAACAUCAUACAGAUAACAGGACAUGUUAGCCAACAUCUUGUCUAUUCUCUACCUGCGGUUAUAAUGUUAUAUCACUACUGCACUAGUCGCAACUAUGAACAGUAGCUCUGUUUCUAUUUUUCUAAGUCUCCGUGGGUAGUUUUUGGCGGUUGUACAAGUUAGCUAAUUUCCAUUGAAUGACUAUAGUUCAGAUUCACAUCAAGCAAUUGUUGCUUCAAGCUCGGCCAGUUAAUAAUAACUGGAGCAGAAUA